AUGCCUAAGAAUACUGUUUCUAACAAAGCAUCCCGUCCAUCGUCGAAGCGUAACAACUCGGCCGGUAGCUCGCGAACGCCAUUGUCCAGCGUGACACCCAAUCAAAGAGGAACCAAUGACCAAGGCAUGAACGGUCGACCUCCCCAUAGUAGAGGCGAGGAGCUGGGCCAGCAGAAUAAUAGUGUCAGCAAGAUUGGCAGCGAAUCCGACAGUCCCAUCGAUCUCUACCAGAACAGCAACAAGCUCAAGCCAAAACACGCCAAUUACGACAAUGAGAUUCCCGAGAAUAUGUACAAGCCGCGGGAUGAGGACCCUGAGGGCUGGAUCCAUAGAGACAAGUUGGCAAAGAUCGAAAGUGAGGAGCUUCAGGCCGCCGGGAUACAUCUUGCUUCCGCCAGACGAGGUCAGAGUAAGAACGGGCGCAGAGAUACGAGCAGAGGACGAAGAAGCGAGGAGAGUUCACAUAGCGCCACCAAUGAGCGCAGGGAUGAAAAGAAACCGCGGCUCGCUGAACCUGUCCAGGAGGAAGGAGACGAUGAGCGUGUGAAUUGGGACUUUCGAUCUGCGGAAGAGAUUGCCCAAGAUGCGGCAGCUGGUAAUCUCUAUUCGCAGCCGGCUUUGAGAAAGUCUGGCUCGCGAAUACCAGUCAUGACGAGCAGCCCUCACCCUAUCCCACCUGAACGUCUAGAUCGGGAGACGCCUCUGCCUCGGAAGCGGACGAUGAGCAAUAGCAUGAGUCCUGACGACAGUUUGGGAGUCAGCAGAACGCGCAUGAGGAGGGGUAGCACUGGCAGCCAAGAUGGCCUGGAAGGUGCAAUUACGCCCACACCGAAGCCCGGCUCUCACCCAGGCAGCAAACCGGCAUCUCCAACUAAGAAGGAUAAGGCGACCCCUGGUGCGCUUGCUUCGAAUUCACGAAAGACGACUCCUUCUUCAAUACGCAAGCCAUCUGGACCUGUCAAGAAUGGUCCACUCUCGCCGUCAGGCAGCACAUCUCAACGUCCAGGAACAAGAAGUGGAGAGCUGGAUAGACCCAAGACGGCGGUCAACCGACCAGAGGGUGACCCUCCCUGGCUUGCCACCAUGUACAAGCCAGAUCCCCGUCUCCCGCCGGAUCAGCAAAUCAUCCCUACACAUGCCAGACGACAACAGCAGCAAAUGUGGGCAGAUGACGGUUCAGUUCCUAAGACUUAUGACCGAGACUUUACUCCGUUGGCGGUGCACCAGCCGGAGGAAUUGGCAAAGGGAACUUCGCCCACGCUGGCUUCCCCAGUACCGGAAUCUGAAAAGCCGCAAGAAAACUCCUGGCCCCUUCGACAAAUGAACAGCGUGCGUAGCACUGCCAGUGGAAGGCCGGGAACGAGUGGCAGCACCACCGGAGGCUACAGCACCAUGCCUAAGGUUCAGCCAUCCCCCGUUAUUCAGCAGAGUCCACGCAUCGGAGGUAUGGCCAGCCCCCACCUGGGAGUCGCGCCUUCGAGACUACAGGUUCAGAGGCCGCCUGACGACGAAAAGGACGACGGCACUGUGAAGAAGGGGUGUGGGUGCUGCAUCGUUAUGUAG